AUGCCCCCAUCCACAGGGCAUGAGUUGUCACUGAAUGAUUCUCUGGGUGGCCCCUUCCCCACCACAUCCCACCGCUAUCACCAUAAGCCCACCAAGCAAUGUCUGCCCGUCCUGCAGUGUGGGAGCAGCCUGUCCUCUUUUCCCCUGCUCUUCCACCCCAGUGCCAAGGGCUCCCAGAUCAUCAUGGACGUGGCCCAGAAGACCGUAAAGAGGCAGGCCAGCUUCUGCAAUGCCAUCACCUUCAGCAACCGGUCCAUUGCCCUGUACGAGCAGGUCCGCCUCAAGAUCACCAAGAAGCAGUGCUGCUGGAGCGGAGCCCUGCGUCUGGGCUUCACCUCCAAGGACCCGUCCCGCAUCAACCCAGACAACCUGCCCAAGUAUGCCUGCCCAGAUCUGGUCUCCCAGAAUGGCUUCUGGGCCAAGGCCCUGCCCGAGGAGCUGUCCAAUGAGGGUAAUGUCAUCUCCUUCUGGGUGGACAAGAAGGGUCGGGUGUUUUACCGCAUCAAUGGCUCCAGCCCCAUGCUGUUCUUCAGCGGGGUCCAUGCCUCCGAGCCACUUUGGGCUCUCAUAGAUGUCUACGGCCUGACACGAGGGGUCCAGCUACUGGACAGUGAGAUGGUCCCUCUAGAAUGCCUGCGUCCUCGCUCCUUCACCACCGCCCACCGAGCAUCGCUACGGCGGGACCCAGACAACCUUUCUAUUAGCCUGUGUGACCUCAGCCUCCAGCAGCAGGAGCAGGAGGAAGAGGAGCGCCUGCACCCCCUCAGCUCCACCUCUUGUUCCAUCCCCCAGAACUCCCUCAACUCCCAGCAGUGCUCCCUGCUCCCCUCGCUCCUCGACAGCGAUCUCCACUUCCACCCCCUCCGAGGCGCCCACGUCAAGGCCCUCGAUGAGCACACGGUGUCCCGGAGCGUGGAGCAUCGCAGCGGUGAUGAGAGGACCCUGGUGUUUACCAGCCGGCCCCUGCGUUGCAGAGAGAGCGUGUUCGUGAAAGUGACUAAGACGGGUGCCACACGUCUCGGUUCACUCUCCUAUGGCGUGACGUCGUGCGACCCGGCUUGGCUUCGUCCGAGCGACCUACCAUACAGCCCGGAGUCCCUGGUCGACCGCAAGGAAUUCUGGGCGGUGUGUCGGGUGGGGGCGCCCCUGCAGAGUGGUGACAUCCUGGGUUUCGUGGUGAACGUGGAGGGGGAGGUGUUUCUGAGCCACAAUGGAAUCAACGCAGGGAUGCAGGUGUGUGUGGACAACUCCAGACCUCUGUGGAUGUUCUUCGGUCUGCAUGGAGCCAUCACACAACUCAAGAUCCUAGGCUCGUCUCUGAAUGCAGACCCUCGGGGACUGUCAAUUCCCAGCUCCCCCAACACCCCAACUCUGCGUUGCAGCGUCAGCUCCGAGCCCAACUUCAACUCCAACCUGAACAUCAACCUCAACACCAGCCUCAACGCCAGUACGAGCCCCAGCUCGCCAUUCUCCAGCCACUCGGAAUCCCCCACCUUCCCAUCAUGCUCUGGCUCGUGGAGUGACGAGUGCACCAUCUGCUAUGAGAACGUGGUGGACACGGUGCUGUACGCCUGUGGUCACAUGUGUCUCUGCUACGCCUGUGGCCUCAAACUGAAGAAGAUGGCCAAUGCCAGCUGCCCAAUCUGCAGAAGGACAAUCAAAGACAUUAUAAAGACCUACCGGAGCACGUAGGAUCUGCCUGGCUGUGUAACAUCAAGGCUCAUUCAUCAAAGAAACCAUUGAGACCUAUUGGAGCAUGUAUGUUUGGCCUGACUGUCUCAAUAUUGCUCAGCAACAUUAUGAGAUUCAGCAUCAUGCAGUUGGACCAUCAAAGAUAUCAGAAAAACAUGUUGGGAUAUGAAUACAUUGUAAAGAUUAACAGGAAGAGGUAAUGCUGGCCUCCAGUGUGUCACUGUGGCCCAGAUACUGGAUUGGGUUCAGCCACCAUGGAGCUGGACUAAACCAGGAGGGAUCUGGCUCACUCUCUGCAGAACAAUCAUCAUUCAUCCCACUGAUGAUAUCAUUGCUACUAGGAUGUUUCAGAGACAAAAUAUACAUUCCAUUGCAUGAGCCACAUCACUAAACAUAAUUUAAAUGAACAUUCUGCAUUACCAUGAAAAUGAUUGCAUCCCAAUACCAGGGAGUCAUUGCGAGUAGUGUACCCAUGAGUUUACCAGUCAAAUUGCCAGGGUUUAAGGUUACAAGCCCAUUAUAUUAAUUAUAUGUCUAUGUGUACUGCUGCUGCAUUGUGGGGGGUGUUGCCUAGGCAACCAAAUACUCAUUUGCUUGUUUCAGCAAGUUGUUAAGAGUCCACGUUACAGCCGAAACGGACUCAACCGUCCCAUUUUCAGUCAGCAGUUCGUUUUGACAGUUAUUUUAUUUUCAUAACGGUCUUCAUACAUAACUGUCAGUUAUACAGUAAUUGUGGCAGCCCUAGUGUCUGUACAAUUCAUUUCCAUCUGUGACGCUCUGAAUGUUCCGCCUGGUUGAAUAAUAGCGUUAGCCUUUGGA